CACUUGGACAUAACAAAAAAAAAAAAAAAGCUCAGCCAAUGAACAAUGUACACGUGAAUGUGCAGCCCCGUGGGGGUGCGAACACAAAUAUUCAUACCUCCCCAUAUGCAAAUUUCUCACAUCACACGUUGUGUUUGCACUCCUUCAGCCGUUUCCGACCCUUCGGUCGUUUCCGACGAUUCCGAGUCCGUCGCCAAGUGAGACGCGGCAGCCGUCACGCGGUGUUGCAACACAAGUGACGUGUCUCCUUCAGGAUUUUCAAAUCACGUGAUGUUAUUUGUGCAAUGAUUUGUACAUGAAAACCAUUUGUGCAAUUAUGUUCCUGUUAAGUCGCGCUCAAUUUGUUUUGCUCGGUUUGGCGUAUUGGGUGAGAUUUGAGGAGUUCGUCGGGUCGCGUUCUUCUUUCUUUGUUGAUUUUUGUGUCGGUUUAUCAGUCAGCAUCACAUCAUAAAAAGGAUUUUUUCUCUCCUUGGAUCAAGCAAUUGAAUUAUUAAACAACUGAACCUCAAUCAAUUAAAUAUUAACUGCAAAUGUAUUUGACUUAAAAGUUAAAUACGACCGAAUUGUACUUCAAAAUGUCCUUUUUGUUUUUGUUUAAACGGCGUAUGCUGAGCUACAAGCUUCCUUCUAUGUCUGAUUGUAUUUCGUGUUUUACUGGUUAUCAUUUUUAUUUGCAUUUCAUUCGGUGAUUUUUCUUCGCAUACCACGACCGAGAGACACGCCACAUUCGCUCUCGCUUCAACAAACAACAAUCACAAUGUUAUUGCUUGCGCUUGUUAUUUGAACGGGGGAUGGACAUAUUGGACCAAUAAAUGGAUGAGCAGAGACGAGCAUGGGAAUGCAAAAUGGAGUGCACUACUUGGCUGCGACCAGCAGAGGCGCUGUCGCCUCACGCUCAACGGGUUUGCUGUUGAAGAAGUUCAGCACGGCGUCGGCUCUGUGGGAAGUUGAGGGACAUCCCUGCUGCUGGUUUUCUCCCUUGGAAAGAAAAUAGCAGUCGGAAGUUUCGAUUAUUGUGGCAAUUCGCGGAAUGUCACUCAAACGUGUGUCAAUAAAACGCUAUAUAAAAGUUACGAAACGUGCACAGAUGUAAUUUGAAUGCUGUUACUGAAAUGUUUCAUGGAUGAGCACCUCCCUAUCUUGCUGACUUAGUGUGACCUUAUGGGUCAUUCCGAUUACGCUCGAACCAUGCGAGUCUUUUGGUGACUGCCAGAGCUAAAAAGAACUCCAAGUAUUAGAUUAGUCUCAUCUGGAUUUUUGGCCUGUUUUACUGCCUCUCGUUCACAAGUAUCUGUACUUCAUGAGUGCUUUUGCCACCUCCGUUUGAUAUGGAGCCAAUUGACCCUUGCCGGUGGCUUGUUGCGCAAUGACAAAACAAAGUGUGAGCUGAACUUUCACUUUCGUGUUCAAACCUCCGGAGUGCAGACACUCGACAUUUCAGUUUUAUUUGGGCUCGUGAGGAGGAGGACGGCGCGAGGUUCAGUCAGCAUGUUGGACCAGUCGGCCGCACGAGGCGAGGAGGUGAAAACCGGGACAACAAUCAUCGCCAUAGAGUUCGAUGGCGGGGUCGUGCUGGGCUCGGACUCGCGCGUGACCGCAAGCGAUUCCGUGGUGAACCGCGUGAUGAACAAGCUGUCGCCCCUGCACCCGAAGAUCUACUGUGCUCUGUCCGGCUCAGCGGCGGACGCUCAGACCGUUGCCGAGCUGGUCUGCUAUCAGCUGCAGUUUCACAGUUUGGAGAUCGGGGCGGAGCCGCGGGUGGGUGCCGCCGCCACCCUGGUCAAGAACAUCUCGUAUCGGCACAGGGACGAGCUGGCGGCUAAUCUCAUCGUGGCCGGCUGGGACAGGAGAGGCGGCGGGCAGGUGUUCUCCACCCUGAGCGGCGCCCUGUUGCGCCAACCGUUUGUUGCGGGCGGCUCGGGCAGCUUUUACGUGUACGGCUUUGUGGAUGCCGCGUACCGUUCGGGCAUGAGCAGAGACGAGUGCAAGGAGUUUGUCCUUAACACCCUCGCUCUGGCCAUGAACCGGGACGGCUCCAGCGGAGGCGUGGCCUACAUCGUCACCAUCGACGAGCGCGGCGCUGAGGAGCGAAUCGUGUCGGGGAAGGACUUGCCCGCCUUCUUCGACAAGUGACGAGUGCCCACGUGACGCAGCCUGCUUUCACCCCUUUCCAAAUGUUCAGGACUGGCGUGGCUUUCCUUGCUGUGGUCUCUAACGAGGCAAAUAAAACA